AGCUGACUCUUUUGUUGGUUAUCUUGAAAGCGUCAGGUGUCUUACAUCAAAUUUAGUGAAAACAGCAAGAAUGUCAGAAUACGACAAAGUAAAGACUGGAAAAUUAGUACUGAAAGGUGAAAAAUCAAGACCGAAAAAACGAAAGGCUAAGAGACAAGAAAAGGAGCAAGAUGCAAAUGUGGAGGACAAGGACACUAUUGCUCAUGGAGGAUGGUGGAAAGUAAAGAAUACAUAUGAAAUCACAGGGACGGUAGCCAUAGAAUUUGGGAAUCAAACUUAUAUGAAAGCCUUGGAUAAUGGACUAUUCACUCUUGGCAUACCGCAUGAUGAAGGUGAUGGUCCAUCGCCGGAAGAAAUCUUAACGUCAUUUCCCAUAAGCGAGACUAAGAUUGCUUUAAAAUCAGGGUAUGGAAAAUACCUGGGUGUUGAUAAAAAAGGUGUUGUUAUUGGACGGAGUGAUGCGGUAGGCCCAAUUGAACAAUGGGAACCAAUUUUUCAGGAUGGGAAACUUGCAAUAUUGAAUAAUACAGGAUGCUUUAUGUCACUUACAAGUGAUGAUGAUGUAGUUUGUCAAAAUAGAACAGCUGGUACAUCAGAGUUUCUUGUUAUAAGAAGUAUAACACAACGUUCUCAAAGCCCUAGCAGAGAUAUUCCAAAGGAAGAACAAGGCUCACUUGCAGAUGUUGAAGUAAAUUAUGUACGAAAGUUUCAAAAGUUUCAAGACAAGAAGUUAAGGAUAAACAAGUCAAAUCGUUCCGAGUUAGCAAAAGCGAAAGUAGAAGGAAAUUUACACGAAACUUUGUUAGAUAGGAGAAGCAAAAUGAAGGCAGAUCGUUAUUGUAAAUAAAUUUUUACUUAAUUACACACCGAUGUCAUUAUGUUACUUAACAUUAUAAAACAUAAUUGUAAGACACUGGUCCCGCACAUAACUAUGAUAGAAGCGACAAAAUGUGCCCAUUUUUAUUCUUGUACUAUACAUCGACAUAUAUUGGUUUUUCGUAUGUCACAAGUUAUAAUAAAUUAAUUUUACUUUU